UCACGACUGCGGCAAACAGUCAAGACGAGGCUGAGAUUCUCAGGCAAUUGAUUUCACACCCCGCCGCCCGCCAUUGAUUCUCUUCAUACAUUCACUCACCACCGCCACCGACAACAGCUUCUAUAAACUCUGUCCCUCUAUAUCUCAACAUCUCCCUCUCAAUCAACUUCCUCUUCCCCGUACUCUCCGGAAGAUCCUUUGCUCGUCGAAUUCAGCCUGCAACUGUCUGCAACGUCCCUUCCAUCUUCCCAGCCAAAUCGCCCUUGGAUAUUGAGUCACCUUACACGAGCGCACCCAACGUCACUGUACAUCCUUUCAUCACUUCCCAUCAUGUCGACAUCAGCCAGGAGGCGUUUAAUGAGAGAUUUCAAAGUAAGUUGCCCACCAAAGAAAGCUGAAUGCCUCGUGCCACCUUUCCCUCUUCUACCCUUGACUACCUUCGAGACUGACCUUCACCAGCGUAUGCAAACAGACCCUCCAGCCGGUGUAUCUGCCUCUCCCAUCGCCGACAAUGUCAUGACUUGGAACGCUGUCAUCAUUGGACCAGCAGACACACCCUUUGAAGAUGGUACAUUUCGCCUAGUCAUGCAAUUCGAAGAAGCGUAUCCCAACAAACCUCCCGGUGUCAAAUUUGUCUCUCAGAUGUUCCACCCUAACGUCUACGGCACCGGCGAACUCUGUCUUGAUAUCCUACAGAACCGAUGGUCCCCUACCUACGAUGUCGCCGCCAUUCUCACCAGCAUCCAAUCGCUCCUCAAUGAUCCCAAUACCUCUUCUCCUGCCAAUGUCGAAGCCAGCAACCUCUACAAGGAUAAUCGUAAGGAAUAUACUAAGCGUGUGCGAGAAACUGUGGAGAAGAGCUGGGAUGAUUGAGUUCUGAACCGCCACUGUACCAAGACUGCUACCAUUGCCAACUUGUCAAGCCUCACGUUCACCAUGUUUGCGGUCUUUCUUUCAGCGUUUAGCAUCAAGCCAGGUCGGCCGGUCGGUGUUGAGGGCUCAAAUUUGUCAGGAUUGCACGGCGUAUUGUCAGACACGAAUUGAAGGAUGGAUUAGAAGAAGGUGUCAAUCAUGGCAUUGACUAGGAUGACGAGCCAAGUUGGUGUCUAGGAUUAAAUAAGACGACAUUAGUAUGUGGCUGUGAUAUGAUCGUCUAUCAAGGCCAGCAUUGAAUACAUUACGCCAUUCAAACAUUCAAAUGAUUCAAAAGAGGUUUCUUUUCUUCAGUUUUGU